CAUCGAUAGUUUUACCUUUUGUGGACUGCAAAUGUCGUUAUUUCCUGCAUAUAGCGCGGCAUCAAAUGAUGCAAGUGAUGAUGUCUCCAAACACACUAAGGAGAAUCUUUCCUGGCUAACGAAUCAAAGUUUUAUACCACUCUCUGCCUCGAACGAAGAAGCCAAGGACGAUUCCUCCAGCGAGGAUAAUCGGGCAGACAAUGUCAACCAGGGGAGGCACGAUGAGGAAUCACCCUCCGAGAAGGGUAGACUAUCCAAGAAACGGAAAAAGAAACACCUAAAAAAGCACAAAAAGAAACGUGGAAAACGUAGGAGUAGAAGCGCCUCGUCGGAGCAAUCGGAAAGUUCUAGUGACACACCUGACCCAUCCACCGUUGGACAAGCGACUGUGAGGAUAUCCGAAGUAGAGUACUACACCGAUGUAGAUCCGUUGAAGAUAUACCUUACCGUUGAGAAGCUUCAUCGUCCGGCGUGUCCUCGGUAUCGGUUAGCGACGAAAAGACCUCUGGGUGCGAAAGACUUUAAUCGAACGGGUACUUCAUUGGAACGACAUAGGCGCUACUAUAGGAUAAGCCGAAAAGAUACAAAUAAUGAGGGUACAAAGCAAUCGCAAGAGGAAAUAUUGUCCCGAGAGGAAACGUUGGAACGGUCGCUACGAACCGACGAAACGGUUGACAAAUGGAUCGACCUCAUACGCUACCGGCAGGACCAUCCGAUCCAUUUGGAUAGCUAUCAGAAUCAUAAACGAGAGCUCUCGCUUGUGGAACGAGCCCGACGUCACUUUCCAGCUGACGAUAGACUGCUGCACCUGUACCUGGAUGCGAUCGUGCGCGUGCAUCCGACCGAUGAGGUGCUCGACCUGAUUCGGCGGGCAAUCGUGAAAGACGAAACAAACGUGACGCUCUGGGGUGCCCUCAUCCGUAACAAACAGUGCGCCAUGGCCCAAUGCAUCGUGCCGGACGUGCUGAAGCUGUACGAAAAGAGCACCCGAUCGCUGUUUAUGGCCCGCAGGAGUGACGAAACGAUGCUGCAGCUGUUUAAAAAUUGUGCCACCUUCUGCCGGCAGGCCGGACUGAAUGAGCUAAUGUUCGGGAUGGUACAGUUAGCCGUCAGCAUGAACGUGGGCGGUCGCUUUGCAUCCGAAUGUGGUGGCCUGUUUUCCUCUCCCGAACACUUCCCGCAGCUGAUCGAGUACGAGGAGCUGAUACUGCGAUCGGGUCUGCCUAUGAACGAGAUAUGGCUGCGCGUGGAGUUGCUUCGGUCCGCCUUUCAGUAUCUUCCGUUUGCGGGAACGACCCGACUGACUAGCGACCCACAGCGGAUGGUGUUGAAUGACGACGUCAUCGGGUUCGUCUACCCACUCAUCAACAAGCGUUACUCGUUCGAACUUACCCUCACCGUGCUGCGGUUGCUCAAAUUUCCUUUCGCCUCGAGUUUGCUCUCGGAAGAUCUGGAGUGUUUCCGCGAGGAACCGUACGAAUCGGACUGCUCCGAACAACUGCUACCGUUGCUGCUGGAUGUGUACCGGAAUCGUGCGCUUGAUCACGAACUGUACGCCCUCAUCAAACAACUCAGCGUAGCGCCGUCAUAUGUCGAUGCGAAUCUUGCCCACGAAUCAUACGUCGAGUUGGCGCAACAAUUUAUAACCAUAGCCAUAGACCAUUUUGAAGGUACCCAAAGUGCAAUCUUGCUGAUACUCUACCUGCAACUACAACGGAUGUUUGUGAUUUCGGAAAAGAUUUGCGCGGGGGAACUCGGUGAGGGGAAAAUUAAAGCGAUUCGUGCGCGAGUUAAAAAUGUUCUUAAACAUACGCACAGCACCAAUCAGAACAAUCUUCUCGUGUACGCCGAGUACGGGUUGCUGGAGUACGAAAUGACCGGCCUUUCGAGUGGAGCGUGUCGGAAAAUUUUCACAACCUCCGUGCAGGUGUGCUGCUCCAAUCGGGAAGAAGGCCACAAUAAUUUAACCGAAGACGACAAUAAUACGGAUCUGUUCACGCUUGUUCUAACGAUGGUCGAUAUGCUGCUGGUAAAUGGUCGGAGGGCAGAAGCUGUUGAGGCCCUCACGAACCUUGCCCUAAACCCGGACAAGUUAAAUUUUGAAGGUGACAAACAGGAAACGUCUACGACGGUACCUCCGGACACGGUAAAACUGUCAACCCUACAGAAACUCAAUGAUCGCGUUAAUCGAGGCGUUCGAAAAGAAACGGAACUCGGUGCGGCUCCAUUAACCGUGGAGCAGCAUUUUCUGCCUAACGGAUUAAUAGGUUCGAUCAAAGCGUACGUUAUUUACUUGGCGUUGGUACGGUCCAGCCUUUCCGAGGCCAUCAAACAGCUGGAAACAUUCCUUUACCUCUUCAACGAACCCACCAAUCCCCGGCAUCGGUACUUGCGCAAUGGUUUGUACCGCAUCUACCUACAGCUUUUCCACAUCGGUCAGUUGUGUGGAAACCGCGCCGGUCCUACGCACCAGGAAAGCAUAAAAACGUUCCUUGACGUAGCGGAUCGUACACUUGGAGAGUUUCCCUCAUGCCUGAACAUACUUCAGUCGGUUAUCUUCCACCCGCACUUGCCCUGGUUCAGUUUGCGCCACGUGGUCGGGCAACGGCUCACGCCAAAGGGCGUUCUUUUGCUAGCCGUAGCCGCUCGUUACCGCGCAUCGCUGGCCAACCAAGCGGAACAGACAGAAGAGAUACCGUACAAGCGAAGGAUAUUGAACCUGCUGCGUGGUGCGGUUAAGUCCCCGGUAAGUUCCCUACACCAGAACGCAUUGCUGUGGCGUUUGUACUUACGGGAGCUAUUCGAUCAACCGAACGCUGCACCCGGAGUCAGUGUUUUGGAUCAAUGCCGGAGGACACUGUACGCUGCACUUGAAGCUUGUCCGUGGAAUAAGGCGCUCUACCUUGAUGGUUCAUCCUGUGCGCCUCAGGAACUGUCUGCACUGCUCGAUUUGAUGAUGGAAAAGCAACUGCGCGUGCACGCAAUACCGGAAGAGCUGGCGAUAUUGCGGGACGAGUGAUUAAUCGAUACGAAAUACAAACGAUAUUUUUA